AUGGUGGAAUUAUUCCAGAAUGUUCGCGGCGGCGCGGGCGGACGCGCCCGGUGGGGGGGUUUCGGAUUUAAAUUUGGAAGAGUGACGGGGAGGGCAGGUGCGCGGGCGGCGUUUCCGAGCGCCCCGCGGUUCGCGCGUUUCCCUCGGCCGCGGGUUCCACUCGCCCCGGCCGGAGUGAUCCGACACCGCCCCGUGCGCCCGAAUCUCGGAUCGACGGAACCCCCCGAGCUGCUACGCUAUUGGCAGCCCAUUAUCGAUUGGCGUCCAAACACGCAUCGGCACUUCCAUCGCGCCUGUCAAUUCGCCGACAAUGAGCGCUUAACGCGAACGCUAAUAGAUUACAACGUUUCAAUGAAAUCGCCGAAACGGUUGCCCACAGUCAGCGUUAAAUAUUGUUACGACAGCGAUUUAGAAUGGGCACAUUGUUUGCAUUCUCAUCGACCUGUAUUCACGAAUUGUAUAUCGCUA